GUUGGAAGCAAGGCGCUGCGUGCUCCGGCGGCUUACUGAGGGCACUUUGGGGAAUCCGUCCCCACGGGCGAAGUAUAGGUGGGGUGUUCGCGAACCGGCGGGCGGAGAGCACCGGCAAGAACCCCCGCAGACCGGAGGGCCACGCCUCUCGCUCCUUGGCUCACUGCAGGCGCCCACAUCCCACCCCGCGGUGCUGAGCGAGGCGCAUCUCGCUGCCAUGGCGACCGCCUCCAUGGAGACCGGGAGCAGAGGCUGCGGUCCCCGGGGGCGCGUCACAGGCUCUCCCAGCCCCCAGCCCGCGUGCCUUCUUUGUUCUGAUGCUUCUCCAGGCCGGGCCAGGCACCCGGGACGCGUCUCGGGCCCGCACGGGGGUUGCUUCUUUCGAGACAGGGGAUGGGGUGGAAGGGGAAGAGGUCCAAACCCUGGGGUCGAAACAGGAGUGAUGGAGGGUUCCUCAGCUCCUGAACGAGACCAACACGGCCCGUAUCGAUGGCCGAAGCCGGCGUGGAAGCCCAGGGAGAAAGGCCACCUUCGGGAGCUCCACCCAGCCCCGAGACGCGCCCGACAGCCCUCCCGAGAGCGAAGGGCCCAAGGGAGGUGCGUCCUAAGCAAGGUUCAAGGCUAGAGGCGCUAUCCCCCAGGGGGAAGAAGGUGCGGGGGCGGGGCCUAUCCGAGGCCCUCCUUCUCCCUCUUCGAGUGGCCGGUUCUGGCCCCUGGCCUAGUUGGGCCGUCUGCACGUCUUCCUCGCGAGAGCUCGCCCGGCAGGCGCGGACUAGCAGGGCGCUGCCUCGGCGACCCUGGCACGUGACGUAGGCGGCCCUCGCCAGUUGGCCGUUCUUUGGAGCCCGCUCAUUGGUCCGGAGCGUCCCUCGCCCCACCCUCCCAGAUCAACCAAUGGGCGGAGGCGGGGGCGUGCCGACGGGAGGGCGGCCGCGGCGCGGGGCUCCCUUCCUCGUGCUCGGCGUUGAGCUCCUGCAGCCGCCGCCGCUGCAGCGGUCGUCCCUGCCCUCCCCGGCCCCGGGGUGCACCCCGCAAGGUGAGGCCACCCCUCUGCUCCCUGCCUCCCGGUUCCUUCCCGUUCGCCGAGGUCCCCUCCCGGUCCCGGCCCUGUCCUGAGUAGUGAGUGUCUGGGACCCCAGCGGCCGUGAUGGCAGGGCUGGGGUGGGGGGCUCCGCUGUCGGGGCCGGGCCUGGAGGACUCCCCAGCACCUGAACUAGAGUGAUGUCAGGUUCCCGGGGCGCAGUGACCGUUAGCUGGUGCAGCUGGGGUGUUUUCCGCGAAGCGAUUGUCCGGGGGCAUGAGUGCGGUAGUGAGGGCGGGGGCGUAAUGGGGUCAGCGCCCCCUCCUCCCCACGACCCUGUUCAUUGCCGCUGCCUCGCUGCAUGACCUUGGACCAGUAGCAUCUCUGAGCCUCCGAGCCUCAGCACCCUCAGGAAGGAGGGCAGUGAUGUCUGGGAGUGCGGGCUCCGGAGACUCCUGCGUCAGCCGAGGCUUUGUUCUGAGUAUGUGUGGCCUCUGCUGUGUCCAGUCCUGAGAGUCAGCAGGCUCCCGCUGGUGUCCCUGGAGCAUGGGAGGCUGCUGAGCGUGAGUGGCGGUGUCUGGCAGGAGCUGCGUGGCAGGGAGGGCGUCCAUGGCUGCAGCCAACAAGGGCAACAAGCCCAGAGUCCGGAGUAUCCGCUUUGCGGCAGGCCACGAUGCAGAAGGAUCCCACAGCCACGUCCACUUUGAUGAGAAGCUGCAUGACUCGGUGGUCAUGGUCACCCAGGAGAGUGACAGCAGCUUUCUGGUCAAGGUUGGCUUCCUGAAGAUCCUGCACAGGUAUGAGAUUACCUUCACUCUGCCCCCAGUGCACAGGCUGAGCAAGGAUGUCCGCGAGGCACCUGUCCCCAGCCUGCACCUCAAGCUCCUCAGCGUGGUGCCCGUCCCUGAAGGUUAUAGUGUCAAGUGUGAGUACUCGGCGCACAAAGAGGGCGUCCUCAAAGAGGAGAUACUGCUAGCCUGCGAAGGUGGCACUGGCACCUGUGUGCGCGUGACGGUGCAGGCCCGCGUCAUGGACCGGCACCACGGCACGCCCAUGCUGCUGGAUGGUGUCAAGUGUGUGGGCGCCGAGCUGGAAUACGACUCAGAGCACAGCGACUGGCACGGCUUUGACUGAGGCCCGAGGCCCCGCCUGCCCCGGGCCCCUCAGCCUUAAACCCCGCCUUGUCCCCCCGACAUGCUGCGUGAUGGUGUGGCUUCCUCGCCCCUCUCUGGGGUGGGUGUGGGGGUGGAGUGGCCUUGCCCAUGCCCCUCACCUCUGCCUUCAUUUGUGCUGUCACCCUGCCCCUCCCUCGUCCUCCUCUCCCACUUCCUCCUCUCUGUGUGCCUCAGUCUCCUGCCGGAAGAAAUGGGUUGAGCCCGAAAGGAGGCUGUCUGAGGAAGGGAGAGGGAGGGCCUGGGGUGGGUUCCCCACUCCCCACCCCAAGCCACAGGGACUCCAACCAGGGUCUGGGAGAGGAUGGAGCUGGCUCUGUGACGUCGUGGCCCCAUUACUGCUGCUGCUGCCUUGCUUCAGCCACCUCUCCUGCCCCUCCCUAGUCCCCACUGCUGUCCACCAUGAGUAGGAGGGAGGUGCAGUCCCCAGCCCCCACCCCUCAGGUCUGUGUUACUUGGUUUUUAAGCGACUGGUUGGGAUAGAACCCUAAAGAAAUAAAACUUCCAGUGGAUACCGGA